AUGAACGAGAUUCCACUCACAGCGGAGGAGCUGCAGAACAUCCGCGAGUCCACGGCGCUCACGGACGCGCAAGUGCAGCGGCUGUACAAGAGCUUUUCCAAGCUGAACAAGGACAAGUCUGGCAAGAUCACUCGGGCGGAGUUCAACUCGAUCCCUGCACUAGCCUCCAACCCACUCGUCGACAGAGUGCUGGCGGUGAUGGACACGGACGGCGACUCCACAGUAGACUUUGGGGACUUUGUGCGGGCACUGGCGGUGCUCUCCUCGGCGACCUCGAAGGAGGAUAAGUUGCGGUUCACGUUCAAGAUGUACGACGUCGACGGUGAUGGCCGCAUAAGCAACAAGGACCUCUUUCAAAUGCUCAGCAUCAUGGUUGGGGUGAACCUCUCCCAGAUGCAGCUGCAGCAGAUUGUGGACAAGACAUUCAUCGAAGCGGACGUUGAUCGGGACGGCUACAUUACGUUUGAGGAGUUUCAGGCGCUGGCCGUAAACAGCGACUUUGGCGAUCGGCUGAACCUGCAUUUUUAG